UCUAUAAAUUCCUCCAAACCCUAAUUUGAUUCCUCCACAUGAAAAACAAAUCCAAUCCUAUCUCCAUUCGUGAUUUCCUCUGUUUUCCGUUUUCCUCAUGGCGCCAAUAUCGAGAACUCUCGAAAUCACAGUGAUUUCUGCCGAAGAUCUUCACCGUCGUCGGAAAUCGAUGAAGAAGAAAUCAUUCGCGACCGUCAAAAUCGAUUCUCAGAAUCUCGGCAGCACACAAAUCGACGACAGAGGCGGUAGCUAUCCUUUCUAUAACAAUAAAAUGGCGUUGAACUUGCCGUCGAAUGUAAGUUUCAUGACUGUAGAUGUACAUUCUGGAAAUUUCUCGAGGAACGAGAUCAUCGCAACUGCGAAUGUUCCGGUAUCGGACUUUUUAGGCGGCUUCGUGCCGGAAAGUUAUUUACAUUUCUUGAGUUACCGAUUGCGAGACGUUAGAGGUAAGAGGAAUGGAAUUGUUAAUAUUUCUGUUAGAGUUUUGGCUUCUGAUCAUACGUCCACUUCACAAACGCGAAAAGUACAAAUUCCGGCGGAGAAAACUAAUUUCGGCGGCGGCGUAGCGAUCGGGAUCCCUAUGAAAUUUAUUGAAAACUAUUGAAAUUUAUUGAUUACUUUUUUCGAG